AUGGCAUCGUCAUUUUAUACAUUACGACGAUUACUUAAUAUGGCUCAGAUGUAUCCUCAGAAGAUAGCCAUAGUCCUUGACGAUCAAGGAUGGACAUAUGCCGAAUUGAUUGAACGAGUCGAACACGUUGCAUGUCAAUUGCACCGCCUGAAUAUGGUUAAAGGACAGAUUAUUUACCAAUUUGUCGAGCGCAGUUUUGACAUGGUUUGUGGCAUCCUUAGUAUUAUGUGCGUUGGUGGUGUGUAUUGUCCUUUAAAUCCAUCAGAUCCAACGGAGCGUAUUAUUACACUUCUUGAACAGAUGCAAGGUCAAUAUGUUCUGGUUCAUGAAAAAACACGCAAACGGUUUCCUACAACAUCAGUUCAACAUAUAGUUGGCUUGGAUGUAAUUCUCUCGCCAUUACUUGUUGUCGAAGAUUUGGAUAAGCUUCCAGAUUGUAACGAACAUGGUGCCGUCUACAUCAUUUGUACAUCAGGUACAACUGGCCGACAAAAAGCAGUUGUACAUACCCACAAAAGUUUUGCCAGUAGCACUGCUGCUUUUAUUCAAUGGGAUGCUGGUAUGUACACGAUUCGAGAUCAAAUUCUUCAAGUAGCUGCUUGUUCAUGGAUCUUACAUCUGACGGAACUGUCCUUACCACUAGCUCUAGGUGGUACUCUUGUGCUUUUACGACCAGAUGGCCAUUUAAAUAUGGACUAUUUUUCUCAGACACUCAUAAAUCAACAAGUAACAACACUUACGAUUGGCUCUGGAAUCAUUUCAGCGCUCACUAAUUAUCUCGAAAUGAGCCGACAAUUCAAAACAUUCAAGUUUGUACAUAAUUUGAUUACUGCAGGUGAGACGGUGAAGUCACAGCAAUGGACUAAAUUUACCACUUUUUUAAGCUCAUCCAAUGUUCGAAUCUUUUCCCUCUAUGGUAUGUCUGAAUGUAAUGGCGUCCUUGGAUGCCAACUAUCUGACAUCAACGACACCAUUAUUCCUAUCGGUUAUCCAUUACCAGGCGUUCGAUGUUUACUUGUCAAUGAGCAAUGUGAAGUGAUUAGUAGUACAGGCAUUACAAGUGAAAUUGGUGAAAUACAUAUUGGAGGGCCCACUCUGUUUCACUGCUAUUUGCAUAAUCCUGAGCAGACUACGAAAAUGUUUACCACCAUUGACAAUGAAGUUUAUAUGAAAACAGGUGACUUAGCACGAUACAAUGCAAGAGGUCAACUCGUUCAUGCUGGACGUAUUGAUUUUCAACUUAAAAUACGUGGUCAAAGAGUGGAAACAUGUGAAAUUGAAAAUACAAUUACAACUUGGUCUCCUACAAAAACCUCUAACUGUCUUGUCACUAAAUUGUCGGAAAAAGAUGAUUUGCUUGUUGCCUAUAUAAUCUCAAAUGAUUCAGAAGUUAACAUUGAAGAGAUUAGAGCUUAUUGCAAUAAACGUCUUCGUCAAUACAUGGUUCCAUCUUAUUUUAUUGUACUCGAGAGGUUUCCACUUAAUGCCAAUGGAAAAAUCGACAGAAAGCAACUUCCCUUACCUACAAAAGGCGACGAUCUCCUAGCUAAUUUCACUCGUACCGAAGAUCAACCGAUGUCGCGAUUAGAAGAGAGAAUACAUAGUUUAUGGUGUUCUGCAUUACGAGUUAAUGCUGUUCCUCGUCAUAUGAAUUGUUUUGCAUUAGGUGGCUCGUCUCUUUCGUUAAUGCAACUUUUUAAUUAUUACCAAUUUCACUUGGCUCCAGAUGAACAACUCAAUGUACAUGAUUUUUUCAUUAAUCCAACUAUUGCAAAUCAUGCUCAGCUUGUAAUAAAUAGCCAACCAAGAAUGCAUACAUCUUGCAGCCCACUUCAUCUAGUACAAGGUAUACUCUUUUUUACAAAAUAG